AUGUCGGUGACGGCACCUACGGCGUCGUCGCUGGGGGCCCCCAGCGACGACGCCGCAACUGCUGCUGAGGAGCAGUUCAGGAAGAAACGCCGUCGCAUUCGUCAUCACCGAUGCAAGGCCGAACGAGAGGCUGCUGCAAACGGUGCCGAUAAGGAGCCGCACGACGAGCUCGCCGAGGCGGUAGAGGAUGACGAUGACGUGAGUGUUGUGAAAGAGAUGCAGGCGGCAUCGACCAAGCGUUCUGAGAAGCGACGCCGUGAGGACAACAGCGACGACGGCAACGAGGUGGACGCGGAUGCGACGGCAUCGAGUGCGCAUCAGUAUCAUUCCCCAAAGCGUGCCACAGUCACGAGAGGCGAAAAGUUGUCCCCCUCCGCUUCCACGUCGUUCGCUGCGUCGUCAUCGCCGGCCGACCCCACAGACGCGAGCAUGGCGCAGCGUAGCAAGGAGCUAGUCAAAACCAUUCCUGUCGUCACGGACUACAAGUCACUACGCUUGAAUGCCCACAUAGUGUCUGCUCUGGAGCAGGAGUUCAAGUUCACGGAGCUGACCCCGAUUCAGUCUCGCUGCAUUCCUGCUGCGCUGCAGGGUCGCGAUCUCCUCGCCGAGGCAAAGACCGGCGCCGGUAAGACGCUGGCGUUUUUGAUUCCAAUUGUCGAGAUUGUCUGCCGCUCUGGCUUCCGCCCCAGCAACGGCACGGCGGCCAUCAUCAUCGGCCCCACCCGUGAGCUCUGCCUGCAGAUCGAGGGUGUGUUGCUGAAGCUGCUGAAGCACUUUAACGGCUCUGUGACAUUUUUGUGCUGCAUUGGUGGCCAGAGUCGCAACCAGGAGGGCUUCAAGCUUGCCAACGGCGUCAUGAUCGUGGUCGCCUCCCCUGGCCGCCUGCUGGACCACUUGAAGUUGACGGCGGACUGGCACACGAAGAACCUUCUGCUGCUUGCCGUUGACGAGGCCGAUCGUGUGCUCGACAACGGCUUUGAGGAAGACAUGCGCGAGAUCGUGGCGUUGCUGCCCAAAAACCGACAGACGUUUUUAUUCUCUGCCACGCAGACGACGCGUGUCGAGCAGCUCGCGCGUAUUUCGUUUCACAAGACGCCGGUCUUUAUCUCCAUGAAGAGCAAGAAGGACAAGGCCACCGUGGACACAUUGGAGCAGGGCUACGUUGUGUGCGCCAGCGAGCAGCGCCUUCUCGUGCUGUACCACUUUGUGAGGAAGAACCUGAAGAAGAAGAUUAUUGUCUUCUUCAGCAGCCGCAACAGUGUCAGCUUCCACUGCGAGCUGUUCAACUAUAUAGACGUGCCGUGCAUCGCCUUUCACGGCAAGCAAAAGCAGCAUCAGCGCUCCGCGACGUACAUGCAGUUUUGCAACGCCCCAAGUGGCGUGCUCUUCACGACCGAUGUCGCGGCACGUGGCCUCGACAUUCCCGAGGUAGACUGGAUUGUGCAGUUCGAUCCCCCGGAUGAUCCAGUAAAGUAUGUACACCGUGUCGGGCGAACCGCGCGUGCUGGGCGCUGCGGUAACGCGCUCAUGUUUCUGCUGCCGCAGGAGGAACUGUUCCUCAGAUACCUCUAUGAUGACGCUAACGUGAGGGUGAACGAGUACACGUUUGAUGUGGCAAAAAUAAAGGGGAAUGUGCAGGAUCAGCUAGAGCAGCUGGUGAGCUCCAACUACUACCUGCGCACGUCGGCGCGGCAGGCGUAUGAGGGCUACUUGCUGAGCUACAGCAGUUGCCAGCUGAAGAACGUAUUCAACAUCCAAAGCCUUGACCUCGCUGCGGUGGCGCGCGGAUUCGCGCUGUGUGAGCCGCCUCCGAUCAAGAUGGACCUCUCCCAGUCCGCCGCUCACAUGAGUAAGAAGUCGCGACACGAGUUUCGCGCCAUGCGCCACGCUAAGGAUAUUAAACGACGCAACGUGAACGAGAAGUCAAUGAACAAGCGACAUCAAAACAUUAGUGGCGAGUGGUGA